AGACAAGGCAGCACUAAAUCUCUGGACACGCAGCUGGAGCACUUUUCUAUAUCACGUGAAUCUAAUGUAAUGAUAAACAUGGAACAUUUUAUUGAAAGGUAGGCCAAUCAAAUUCAAUAUUUAUGACAGGUCUAGCUACAAACAAUUAAUACUUGCUCACAUUUCUACAGCAAUAGAGAAAUGGAGAUGGCAAUUGAAUGUAACAGAUAUGAUAGAGUUCUUAAUUAGUGUCAUGAUCUGUCAUGUUUUCUAUUCAGCAUCGUGGGCGUUCUGUAGUCAAUGUUUCACAACGUUUAGGAGCGCUGAGGAGUUGUGAACAAUUUGUUUGGCUUCCGUUCGAGGCAAUCGUCGCCUCGUGAAGUCGGCCAUUUCUCCAAUCACACACAAGGAAUAGUUGGCGGGAGUGAAAGGGGAGGGACAUUCGAAUGUGUGAUUCUCGAAUUCGAACACGUUUUCUACGUUAGGAAAGUAGCACAUGCUAGCUACGAACUGUAUGUGGCUACAAGAGAAUGGCGGAAAGUGUUGCAGUCUCUGUCGCCCCCUUGGGACCCACAGAGUCGGACCCAGAGCGAUGUGAAGGCGAGGAAGAGGUACGGGGGAACGAGGCUGGAGAGAACAACCAACAAACUGGGCCUGUUGCAGGAGCUCCCCAGAACCGUCUCGCGAAGUUACCGCUAUCCCGCAUCAAGGCAUUGAUGAAAGCCGACCCAGACGUGUCCCUCGCCAGUCAAGAGUCUGUGUUUAUCAUAGCUAAAGCCACAGAACUCUUUGUUGAGAUGAUUGCCAAAGAUGCCCUGGUGUAUGCCCAGCAAGGAAAGAGGAAAACUUUGCAGAGGAAAGAUUUAGACAAUGCAAUCGAGGCCAUAGAUGAGUUUGCUUUUCUGGAAGGUACUCUAGAUGCCUAGACACUCUCUGAAGAAAGACGGCAGUUCAAAGAUCAGAGGCAUUUGGAAACCAGACUUGGUUUCAGACCGGUCUUGCUUUUGAAGUGACAUCACUGAGUUGGUAAUUACAUAUUUGAGAAGGUUUUGGUACUGGUUGCAAGGAGUUCCCUUCCUGAACAUGUACAGUAUAUGCUGACAUCAUUGAUGAUCCUCCUUCAAUUAGUCUUGUAUGCAAGGAAUCUGACUUUUCUUGUUGUAAGUAAUGUGAGGUGUGUUGAAAUAAAUCAUACAAAUGUUUGUAAAUCUAAAAA